AUGGCGAUUUUGACCAUUUCACUGCUCCUCUUUGCAGUCUUCAUUGCUGAUGGUGCAACAGGAAAAAUUUGCGGAUGUCCACCUGGUUGGGAAAAGUUUCAAGAUCGAUGUUACCUCUUUGUCAGCACCCCACGAACAUGGGCUGAAGCAGAGAGAGAAUGUUUGAGACUUGGUGGUAACCUUGCAUCUGUGCGCAAUGCAGCAGAAGAUAGCGUCCUUCGGAAGAUGUUGAGGAACCAGCGUACCUGGAUAGGAGCCUAUGAUGCUACUCAGGACGGUUUGUGGUUGUGGAGUGAUGGGUCUAAGUUUGACUACAGUGGAUGGAUGUCUGGUGAACCCAAUAACCACAACGGAAGGAGAGAGGACUGUGUGGAGAUCCGUAAUGCUAGUAAGUACCAUAAACAGAUCUGA